GACUGUAGUACCAUAUCCACUCUUUUCCAGCGGUAACACGGAGAUCAACCAUGGUGUUGCUUUUGAAAGGCCUGAUGGGUCUUGGGUUGGUGAAGUCUGCGUUUGCGGUUACGCCUGUGGUUGCUGAACCCAUUCUCUCUCGCGACUUGGAGGUCAGACAGGCGGAUAAGUGCCCAGACACUUAUACGUCGUCGAAUGGCAUGAACUUUACGUCGUACUGCGGGCAGAACAAUCCUCAAAACGAUGCGGUGCCCUUCUUCACGUCGCCUUCAAUGCAGGACUGCAUGGAGCACUGCUCGCGCUUCUGGGGCAAAAGCGAGGGCUGCUUCGGCAUCGUAUGGGUCGCGCAGUCCAGCGAGUGUUGGAUCCGCAACAGCACCGUCAGCACCGCGGGCCUCAUCCCCCUAGAGGACAACUACUCCGCCCUCGUAGUCGCGGGGGAAAUGGACCCCGGGUCUACAGACUGUCCCGCAGACGACGGCUCCACGCACACGCUCGACGGCAUCCCCGGCCUCGCAUACACGGUCAACUGCGGAAAAGUCAUCGACGGCCAGGACGCCUGCUUCUCCGGCUACAACGAAUGCUGGGUCUCGCCGUACAAGAACUACUUCCACACCGAGACGCUGGACGCAUGCGUGCGCAUCUGCGUGGAUCAGCACCCGCUGUGCAAAGCCGUGUCGUGGAACCCAGGGCUGGAAAUCGGCUUCGCAAACUGCUGGCUCAAGACGGACUUCUCGUCCGCGAAGCUCAUCACGCCCCCCGCUGACUACGGCGUCAUGCACACCGCUACCAUCACAUCAAUCGACCGCAUCGACACGACCUGCCCGACGAAAACAUCCUACACAGCGCCUAAUAAGAAGAUCUUCGACAUCAAUUGCGGACAAUCCAACGCCGGCUCGAAUAUCACAAACAUCCACUCCCAAAACAUAACCUCCUGCAUGGACGCCUGCGCCGCCAGCGACAAAUCCUGCAUCGGCAUCGUCUUCGACUCAUCCCUGCAGUUCGGCUACAACAACUGCGCUCUCCAGAGCACAUCUAACAUCGUCACCACGCAGUCCCAAGCCACCUACGCAGCCCUCAGCAGCGAAACAGCAGCCUCCACACCUUCAUCCUCCACCUCCUCAGGUUCAAAAGCCUGGAUCGCCGGCCCGGUAAUCGGCGGCAUAGCAGCCCUCGCCCUCCUCGCCUUCGCCCUCCUAUGGUGGCGCCGCCGCAAAGCGAAGAAAGCGCCCUACGUCCAGAAAGACGCGCCCCCGCCCGCUACAGGGCCGGUGUACACUGCUGCGCCUGCGUAUUCACCUACGGGGUCUACUGCCCCGCCGCUGCAGCAGCAAGGCGGGUAUUACGAUGCGCCGCUGCCGGUGCCGCAGCCGCUGCCGGCGUCGGAGAUGAGCGAGGGGAGGGAGCGGAAUGAGUUGCCUGCUUCGACGAAGUAUGCGGGGAAGGGGGGGGUGCCGCAGGAACUUCCUUCUUGA